GAGAGGGAAAGCACUGGUCGUCACAUGGACAAACCUCAUUGUUUUCUAAAGAUGGACUGGAAGUAGACUUUGCCACUGCUUCCUCCACAAACAGCUCUUCGUAACAUGGGCUGCAUGAAAUCAAAGCAAAUUUUCCCAUUUCCUAACUUAUAUGAAAGUGAGAAGCAGCAUGAGAGUGAAGAGCCCUUUAUGCCAGAAGAGAAAUGUCUACCUAGGAUGCCUUCUCCAGUUAAUGUCAAAGAGGAAGUGAAGGAACCCCCAGGGACCAAUAUUGUGAUCUUGGAAUAUGCACACCACCUGUCCCAGAAUAUCUUGUGUGAUGCCUUGCAGCAAUGGGCAUGCAAUAACAUCAAGUACCAUGACAUUCCAUACAUUGACAGUGAGAAGCCUUGAGGCUGUAGGAUGACAACACUUUGUGGAGGUGCUAGUUUGAAUACGUGCAACAAAAGCAAAACCUGGUGUGCAAAAGUACAAAUAACUAUCUGGAUUUUAAAACGUGUCUAUGAUAAUAUCACUAGUGUUAGAACACCUAGGAUGAAAUACAUUUGAAGAACAUCUACAUUAACAGCAAUUUCUGUUUAGUUUUAGAUUUUAGUCAUCUGAAGGGCUAAACAGAGGUCCUGUGACACCCAAUAAUGAGCUGUAUCUCAUAGCACUUCUUCCUAAGUAAUGGCAUCACCAAAGAAAAUGCUAAGGAAUAAAAACUGCCCCAAAU